UACAGUCUGUCUGCUUACAGUGAUUUCUUGAUUUUGGCACGCGAAACGGGCUACACCACAGGCUGUUAUCAAACAGCCCCAGGUAGUUACCGGGUACCCUGAUACCCCGGGUACGUCGCGGAGUCCCUCGCCUUCGCCACUCGAUUCUUUCUCGCUCAGAAUAUAGCGAGUCUCCCUGUCUGUUCGGUUCGCACUCGCUAGCUGCGCUGUGGCGUCUCUCUUAUCCAGGCGCGGAGCACCGCGGGUCCCUGCGGCGUGUCGUAGGGCGCGGGCCACCGCCACCACCUCCAGGACGCCGUCAGACGGCGACGAGUCACCUACUCAGCUCGGCGGCAGUGACGGGGGACUUGGAUGGGCAGUCCUACUCGCCCACAUGUUCGUCCACGCCGUCCUAGUCAGCAGCUUCUCCAGUGCGGCCGGUCCGAGGAAGGUGGUCAAAGGGCCAUCGACGAAGACGAGGCUGUUGCCGAGCAUCCAAGAAUUGAGCGUCUGCACCGACAAGAAGCACGGCCUACACUCGGUGGCCAGCACCACAGUGCUGAGCGAGAACGGCGACGAGUUCAUGACAGUGAAGUUCAAGCUGACCUCGCCCACAAAGGUCUUCAGCUCGUCGAGCUCGAGUGCAAAAUUGGUUUUUCGGGGUGCAGUUUACUAUUCAAUGCUUACUUCCGUCCACGGUAUCGCAACGAUGCCGUUAGAACGUCAGAGAUCGGGGGGCGAAAAUUGGCUCCACGAAACAUCGUAAAUGGGCAUCGAACUUUGACAGCUCUUUCGCUUACUGGGUGGACCCAUGAAGCAACUUCCGGCUUCCAGUUCCGAGUGUUUAUCCACCGGUGCUCCAGCGCCGCGAAGGCCUCGUGCGAGUACUUCACCACGUGGAGCUGGGACAUCGGGGUGUGCGAGCUCGUGUCGGCAAACGGCACGGCGUGGUCGCCAAUCGUGCAGAGCAUCUCCCCCAAAUUCCACUGCCCAGUUCGCAGCGUAAGUCAUUACCCUCCCAUUUCUAAUUUAUAG